AUGGAGGUAGCACAAGAAACCAUCAACAUGACCUCGGUGGUCGACUCGACGACUCCUGAUGCAGUAGUGUUGGGCAAGAACCUGAGUUACUAUGCCAUCAUUGCUGCCACAUUGUUGUUGGUCUGGUUGUUCCAGCCCAAUCAACACAGCAAUGUCUCAGCCCCCUUCUACAAGGCAUCGAGGAUGAAGUGGAUGUUUAGUGCAGAUUCCCUCGUCCGCGACAGCUACAACAAGUUCAGGGAUCAAGUAUAUCAGGUCAGAUCCACCGAGGGUGUACGGACACUGAUUCCAGCCAAAUUGAUCAGCGAACUCAAGGGACUGCCGGAAGACGUCUUGAGCACAUCGGAAGCUAUCAACGAGGCCAUGUUGGUCGAGUAUACCAAGUUUACCUUUGGCAACCAUGCCGACACCAUGCACCUGCUCUUGAAGAGCAAGCUGACGCAGCAGCUUGGACGCUUUGUUCCAAGACUAAAAUCGGAACUAGAGUUCAUCGAGAGAACCGAGUUUCAAGACUGCAAAGAAUGGACAGCUGUCACAGUACAGCCAUUCAUUCUUCGUGCUGUCGCAAGACUCAGCGGCAGGAUAUUCGUGGGAGCAGAGCUUGGACGAACCGAGGAGUGGAUGGAACUGAGCAUCAACUUUGCCAUCCGGGCCUUCAUUGCCGUUAUCAAAUUGCAAUUCUUUCCUACAUGGGCCAGGCCGAUUGCCAAGUACAUGGUCUCGGAGCUGAGACAGAUCGACCGAGAUGUUGCAAGGGCACAGGAACUGUUGAAGCCCAUCAUUGACGAAAGGCUGCAGGACGCGGAGCUUGAUCCGUGCGGCGAGAGGCCUGAUGAUUUCGUUCAGUGGCUGCUUGAUGCUCUGCCGGAAGAUCAAAGAAGGGAUUAUCAUAUGCAAGCAAAGCUGCAUUUGAUACUCUGUGCCGCAGCGAUACACACCACUAGUAAUCUGGCAACCGACUGCAUUUAUGAUCUCGCAACACAUCCAGAAAACCAAUUAGUACUACGCGACGAGGCACAGGAGGUUCUCGUGGACGGCGAUGGGUGGGCAAGAAAGGAGAGCAUGGCCAAGCUGAAGAAGACGGACAGUUUCAUCAAGGAGUCGCAACGCCUUGCUGGAAACGUCACGUCUUUUAUUCGCAAAGUGGUCAAGCCAAUCGAUCUCUCAGAUGGCACACAUCUGCCCCCAGGAACUAAUCUCCUCGCCCCGCAAAUUGGUUUCAGCCAUGAUGAACGUUAUUUCCCGGAACCCGAAACAUUUGACGGUCUGCGCUUUUGGAAGAUGAGAAACCAGUCUGAAGAGGCGGCCAACCGCUGGCAGUUCAGCAGUAUCGGUGACUAUAACAUCAACUUUGGCCUCGGAAAACACGCUUGUCCGGGCCGCUUCUUUGCCGGCAACGAAAUCAAAGUCAUUCUCGCUCACCUCGUCAUGAACUAUGACAUCAAGCUCAAGGAAGGCGAGAACAGACCGGAGCCCGUCAUGUUUAUGAUGAGCAAGACUGCCAACUCCAAGGCUGAAAUCAUGUUCAAGCGGCGUCCCGAGACAUGA